CGAAGAACGAUUCGUGUUUUGAUGUUCCCGUGGUUAGCUUACGGUCACAUAACACCCUAUCUCGAACUCGCCAAAAAACUCGUCACCAAAAACGACUCGUUCGCCGUAUACAUGUGCUCCACACCAGCCACACUCACUUGCAUUGACAAAAAAGUCCCUCAAAAUCUCUCAAACUCAAUCAAACUAGUCCCCUUUCACUUGCCAAACACACAAGGGCUUCCGAGUAAUUUCCACACCACAAAUGGUCUCCCAUCCCAUCUCAUCCCAACUCUCAGAGAAAUGUUAGACUCAUCGGCUAACGAAUUCUCCAGAGUCUUGGAAAAACUCACGCCCGAUUUGGUUAUCUACGAUUGUUUUCAGCCAUGGGCAGCUUCGGUUGCCAAAGAUCGGAAAAUCGCGGCGGUUGAGUUCCUCACUAGCGGUGCCGCCUCGACCGGCCAUCUCUACCACCAGUUGCUCCACCCAGGUAUCGAGUUUCCGUUCUCGAAAAGUAUUUAUCACCGUGAUUACGAUGACAUGACGUUUGUUUUGGAGACUAUCGCGAGCGUGGAGAGGACUAAGAACGUGCUCGAGGGGGCUAGGGUUUCAGACAAGAUUGUCUUGAUCAAAGGUUGUAGGGAAAUCGAGGGUAAGUACAUCGAUUAUGCUUCGAGUUUGAUGGGCAAGAAGUUCGUCCCCGUUGGUCCAUUGGUGAUUCUAGAAUCUUCUAGUAACCCUAAUGACGGAAAAGACAACGGAAUUAUGUCUUGGCUUGACAAGAAGGAGAAGAAAUCGACAGUCUUUGUUUCGUUCGGUAGCGAGUGUUUUAUCACGAAGGAGGACAUUUACGAGGUUGCUUACGGUCUUGAACUUAGUAAAACAAACUUCAUAUGGGUUGUGAGGUUGCCUAAAGGCGAUGCCUCUUCAUCAAUUGAGGAAAUAUUGCCAAUAGGGUUUCUCGAUAGGGUUAAAGGCCGGGGUAGGGUUUUGGAGGGGUGGGCCCCGCAGACGAUGAUUUUAGGGCAUGCGAACGUCGGGGGUUUCGUGAGCCACUGCGGGUGGAAUUCUUUGAUGGAGAGUAUGUAUUUUGGGGUGCCGAUUAUAGCAAUGCCGAUGCAUGUUGACCAGCCGGUCAAUGCUAGGCUUGUUGAAGAGGUCGGUGUGGGGGUGGAGGUUUUGCGGGACAAGAAUAGAAGGUUCCGUAGAGAAACGGUGGCGGCGGUUAUAAGAAGUGUGGUGGUGGAAGAUUCCGGAAGGUUCGUUCGGGAAAGAGCUGCUUAUAUGAAGGAGAAGUUGAAGUACAAUGGUUGUGAGGAAAUUGAUGAAGUUGUGAAAGAAGUUGUAGGGCUUUUGCAGUAAGAGUUGAGAUUAAAAGAAAAACAAUAAUUAGUAGUUUGUUAUUCGAUUUUAAUUAUCCAUACAAUAUAUGUUUCCUU